AUUUUGCAAAUUUCAAGUUUUUAAUGUAACGGAAUAAUAUUCGCUUUGUAAUGAAUGAAAGAAAUCUGCAAAAUUUAUUUAGUUGAGUUGAACGAGUGAAACGGAAAGCGGUGUCUGAAUAAUCAAGCCAUUAUCUGGACAAGGCCUUACCAAAAAAACUAAAAAUUUUUAACUAAAGGAACGGAAUUUUCGCACAACUUUUUACAAAAUGUUGCAACCAAUCUGAAGAGGGGAAAAGGCAAUGUAAACGGAACUCUCAGAAGAAGCAACGAUUUUUUUUUUGGAACAAAAAACACAACGAACCGCACAAAGCCUACACAGGCUCCUAGGCCUCAAUUUAAGAUUUCUUUUCCUCCCACCCUCAGCCGGCGAAAAUUGUAACGAAAACAUGAGUAAAUCCGGCUUUUCCACCCUCAACCGUUGGUUGGGACGCAAAAACAAGGACAAAUCCAUGUCCAAUGGCAAACUCUCCAAAUCCAGCACAAAUCUAUCCAUCUCCAGCACAAACAUCAACGAAACUAGUCAACUGGAAUAUAAUCGGAUAACACCAUUGCCAGCUGCCACCACAAAUGCUCCGUUCGAGCAAACGUUUCGCAUAACCGUCCUACUGCCCAAAGAUCAGCUGUAUGUGACGCGAUUGGGCGCCCGGGUACCGCUGAGUAAACUACUGGAUUUGGUGUGCGACAAUAAAUUGCUGGAUCCGCAGAAAUAUGAAUUUCGUAAUCCAGUUGAUGCUAGUCAAGUCUACAGCUGCGAUCUGACCAUUGGCGCUGUGGGUCUCUCCGAAAUACGUCUGUGUCACAAAUCCGAGUCAUACGACAACAACUUCAACAGCGAUGAGAUUAUGAAGCUGCAACGCACCACCAUAAUCCGCGAAUCGUUGACCUCGUCAGAGUUCAGCGGACGCAAUUCGAAGCAUACUGCAAAAACCACUAGUCCAUAUAGUUCGACAAAUUCCCUGAACUCAAUGGAUUCGUCGGGCACAAGGCCGAGGAGUGCACAACCAAAAAUUGCAGCACCGCCAAGGAAAAAACGGGCUGCCCCCAAACCGCCCAGCCAGGCGGCCAUACCGGAAAGGGGGGAACAAAACACUUUGGCCACCAAAGAUUUUUCUGUGUCAACACCAAAUCUAAGUUCUCCGUCGAGUACCUUUUCAUUUGCGCAGAGUGAUAUCAAUGGCAAUAAAUGUAAUGGCCAUCUGGCUGAGGAGGAGGAGGAGGAGGAGCCUGAGAAGCUGGAUGUGGCCAACAAAAAUCUUAGCAAUGGCUAUACCGAGGAUACCGUGUUGUAUGCCCAGGUCCAGAAAAAGAAUGCCCUGAAUUCGAAUAAUUUCAAUGGCGAAACGGGGCCAGCAGGUCCUGAGGUGGGUAGGUUGCCGGAACCUUCACCACGCAAAAAGGUGGUACCUGUGGUGGUGGUGGCUGCCAAAAAGAAAACUGUGGCCCCACCGGCUCCUGCGGCAACCAGAAAUUCCCUGGACACUGAUGACACUGAGUCCAUUGCCUCCAGCAAUGUCAAUUCGGAACCCAGUACGCCAGCCACACCCAAACCGGCCGAGAGAUCCAUGAGCAGGGAAGAUCUGACCAGUGACAUGAUGCCCAAACCUCAACCUCGUGUAACUACCACCACCACCAUGCUAAACACCCCCCAGGAGGUUGGGGCCGACAAGCCACGCCACAAUGUGUCCAAGGUCAUGUUGAAUCGCACGCCCACUCCAGAACCACGUUCCCUCUCCUGUGAACCUCCCGACAUGGAUGUUUGCUAUGAAACCCAGUUGGAGAAUUUAAAACGCCCCAUCGAAGACGACAACGUUUCCAAGCAGGCCGACUCGGGCAUUGGGGAACCCGUACCCUCACCCAUACCCGACAGCCUACCCUCUGAGGUGUCCCAUUUGGAUGUGAAAUCGAAUUUUGAAUCAUCCUCCGAUGAUGAUGACAUGGUCAAGGUCUAUAACUUCAAGCUGGGCAAGACAUUGGUAAAACCGCUAAAUGAAACCAAAACCCUGGAGGAGCUGACUCUACUGAAUGCAGGCCAGGAGGAAACCGAUAGCGAGCUAAACACCCCCCUCACCCAGGUCCCCUGUUCGGGGACGCCUUCGGAAACAUCGUCCUGGAAUUUUGCCAUACCCAUUUCACCGCCACCAAAUUUUGCCGAUGGCAAAUUUGCAGAAGCCGCCUUUGAGCCGCCGGCACCUGCAGCGGAACAGGAAAAUCCCAUAACACCAAAGAUUGUCGAGAGACCUGUCCUCAAUUUUGAGGUACUCAAACAGGAAACCACGCUGGCGGAGAAAACCAAAGUCACCACACCCCAAACUCCGCUGCAGAGUUGUGUGGGCGAAUUGUCGGCCAUAAUUCAGGAUAACGCUUUGGAUAGUCUGAUUAAAAAGUCCGAGGAAACACCGGAAAUCGAGUCGGCCAAACCGAAUACCCUGAGCAACUUCAGUAUAACAGCUGGCGCCCAAACGUGCCUAACCAAACCCAAAGAGGUGCAAAAGGAGGGGAAGGAAUUACAGGAAAGGGAUGGCAACAGAGGUGGUUCAGACAUUUCAAAUGGCGCCCAAAUGGGUCCAGAAGAAACCAAAAAAGGCGAAUUGGAUAGGAAGGAAUUGCCGCAAAGGGAAGAGAUCAGAGGCGAUGUUAAUGCCACCCAAAUGGCUACAGUCGAAUCCAAAGAAGUUGCAAAGGAGCAGGACCAGCCAUCAUUGCCUGAGGAUGAUAAGACCCAAAGAGAAACGAAUACCGAAAACCAACUCAACAAAAUAUCCGGCGCCCAAAUGUCCCCCAAAGAACAGCCAACGGAACUGGAAUCACCCACAAAUGCCCCCGACGAAGAAAAACUCUAUCGCAAGCGCAACAGUGUGACCAGCCUUAAACAGCGACGUUCCGUCAAUCGUUCCGACUCCUUCCACAGCACAGCCAUAACAACGCCAGAGAGCGGAGCUAAUCUCGGCAAACGUACCUCCUCACAAAUGUCAUUGGAUCAGAUGGCGGGUAAUCUAAAUCGUCGACGUUCCUCCAGUGAGCUAAGCAUUGGCGAAUCACCUUCCCUGCAAAGUUUAGAGGUCAUGAAGACCAUUUUGAAUUCCCGUAAAAAUAGUUUGGAGCAGCAGGAGCUGAAACAGGACCAUCAAGCCAUAGAAGUCAAUACCCGGAGACCUUCGGAAGAGUUGAAAUUUGCCAGCCUGGAACUGAAAACCAAAAGUCAUGCUGAGGAACAGGACAAAAAACUUUGGCAGACUACGCUCUCGGGUCAGGACAGUGUGUCCAAUUCCGAGGAUGCAUCAUCCGAAAUUCGAGAGUCACCCAAACCCAAAGAAUUACCCAAAGUUUAUCGUUACUCUGGUCCGCCCAGCAUUAAUUUUUCCACCUGGAGUGAAAGGCCCAAGGCCCAGGUGGUGGCCAUCAAAAAUGAGGGAGACUACAUUUUCGGGGGAAAGCAGAACGGCAACAAAACCCUGCCAAGUCUCGGACAGUCAGAUGCAGCCCCCAUUGUCAAAACGGAUACCAUACAACGCAUGGGUAUACCAGAGAAAGAAUUUAAGGUACCCAUCCUGGUGAAGCCACUGCCGGAUGUGGUUGUGGACAAGGUGGAAGUCCAGGCCAAGCUGAAGGCCAGCAAUAAUGACCUUCCAACUCCCAUUGCUGAGAAGGCCAGCAAACCUCCAACGCCGGUGAAAAACAUUCCCAAUGGCAGUCUGAAAUUUACUCCACAACGGCCCACUGUAGAAUCCGUACUCAAGCCACAAACCCAGAGUAUUGUCAAUGUGGCAACACUGCCACGCAGCAACAACAAACGUUUCACCAGCACAGCCAUGCUUAGCACAAGUUCCAGCCCUACCACCCCACCAGGGCCUCAGUUAUUGCGUUCUCCAUCCACGAAACGCGAAGAGGCGGCGGCGGCGAGGGACACCAAAUCCAUGAUGGUGGUCAAUGAAAAUGUGGCCCCAGGACCACAAUUGUUACGCUCCACCUCGUCUUCCGGCAAACGUGUGGAACGGGAAACCAAAUCAAUGGUGGUGAGCGCAAAUGAUGUCACUCCGGCACCUUUUGGCCAGAACACCCUAAGACGCACUGGCUUCAAGGAGAAAAUAUUGGCCCAAGAGGAGCAGCAGAAGGAAAGGCACAUAGCCCAGACACCAACCCAAGCCAAAGCUUUUACGAAUGGUGAAUUGAAAGUCACGAAUACGAACACGAACAGCAUGGUCAAGCCUGCCGCCACCAGUGCCAAAUUACAUUUAAAUUUAAAAGCUGUCAACACCACCACCACCACCACGCCCCUCUCCAACCCCAGCCCACCACUUAAACCCAAACCUCAAACACCAAAAACCGCUCCUGUCAUAAGUACAACAACACCACCUCCAGUCCCAGCUGUGGGCGCAGCAACAACACCCAAGGCCCCAAUUCCACCACCCAUGUUCAUGAGUGUCAAUUUAAAACCUGUCACCGGCGAACGGUCGCCCCUACCCGCCAACCAUCCCCGUGACCAAUUAAUGGAAGCUAUACGAAAUUUCAAGAGAAACGAUUUGAAAAAGUCUUAGAUUAGCUUGGCAGUGGCAGGCAAAUGAGCUUUUGAUAGGGCGAAUUGAUAGGGGGAGCAAAAGAGGGAGAAUUGUCAGAGAGUCAGGGAGAGAAAAAUGAUAAAGAGAACAGAUUUUUUAAGGCGAAUUCGUUGCUAUGGAAAAGAAAAAUUAACGGGGGUUCGAUGUGGGUGCUGAUGAGAGGGAGAGAGAGAGGGAUUUUCUGAAACAAAUUAUGGUCGAAUGAGAAAGGGAGAAAGUAGCAGCAGAAGACAAUUGGAUUUUUUAGGGGAAUUUUUUGAAGGAGUAGACAAAUUAACGGGGUUUCAAUAAGCAGAGAGAGAGAGAAAGAGAGAAGAGAAUUUCCAUAAAAAACCUUGUUUGGAAGAGUAUUCAUGAAAUUUUUUGCAGGUUCUUUAAGAAUUCGACCAAUUUCUUAAUUUUGUGAAAAAAGUAAAUUCUAAAA